UAGCAUGUGGCGCGGAUGAACGCAGCCUUUAUGAUUUCUCUCUUAUUCCUAUAUGUCAACUGUCGUUUCAAAAAGUGUAAACAAAAAACCAGAACCAGAAAAACUAAAAACUGCUAAAUAAUAUUUUUAGGUUAUUAUUUUAUUAUAACACAUGAGCCCAGAAUAAUUUAAAUUUUGUAAUAAUUUUUCAUUGACAAUUUUAUGUGAUUACUAAUUCUAGAAUGGCGGAACAGUAUAAAUCGUUACAUCCAAUAAAAUACUAUAGAGAUUACUUAGCACAUGGAAUUCGUCCUGAUGGUAGAGAAUUUAAUAAGUUUAGACCAAUUCUACUUAAUGUGGGAUCAAUAGAUACAGCAGAUGGAUCUGCUAUUGCCAAAGUAGGCAAUACUACUGUUGUGUGUGGGAUUAAAGCAGAACUUUGUAAACCUAAACCCGAUGCACCAAAAUGUGGCUUUCUGGUUCCAAAUUUGGAGCUACCUCCACUUUGUUCUCCCAAAUUUAGACCAGGACCUCCAAGUGAUCAAGCACAAGUUCUGACACAACUUAUAGCAGAUAUUAUAGAAAAUUCCAAAUGCAUCGAUUUAAAUGAUUUAUGCAUUUUUCAAGAUAAGUUAGUGUGGUGUCUCUUUGUUGAUUUUGUAUGUUUAGAUUUCGAUGGAUCAGUCGUAGAUGCCUGUAUUGUUAGUUUAUUAGGUGCUUUAAAAACAGCUAAAUUACCAUUUGUUGAAUAUGAUCCUGCUUUAGAUAAUAUACAAGUAAAUAUGGAGGAAAGAAAACAUAUAAAAGUGCAUAGUACACCUGUUUCUACAACUUUUGCAGUAUUUGAUGAUAAAGUUAUUCUAAAAGAUCCUACCCAGGAAGAAGAAAAUUUGUGUUCUGGAAUUUUAACUGUGGUUUUUAAAGAUGAUGAAUUAUGUUGUGUUCAUAAGCCUGGAGGCAGCCCAUUAACCCAAGAAGAAUUGUCUCAGUGCAUAGAGGAAUCAAAGGAGAGAACACUGUUUAUUAAAAGGUUAAUAGAUACGGCUGUAUAAGAUGAAAUAAAUUGUUAUAUUUUUAUAUAAAUACAAAUUAGAAAAAUCA